GUGUAGGCUGUUGCCAUGUUCCCACUUUCAUGGGUGUGGUGAUUAGCUUGCUUGAAGGAAAAAAUAGUGAAAUCCAACCGGGCUAGUCGCGUUCAGGAUCAUUAAAACUGCCAUAGUUGCCUCGAGAUUAACUGUACUUUAUUGACGGUUUUGUUCACAGUUAGUGCCAUGGUUGUCGUGUGAAAACGGAGCAGUGUGGCACGGAUUGGAGGCGCGGACAGAGCCGAGAGCCUGAUUCAGGUGUUGGGGGGCGUGUGAUUCCCUGUCCCAGUCAGUAUUUGGACAAGAGUGGCCCGAACACACCGCAGUGACAAUGAGUGAACUGGAGCAGUUGCGACAGGAAGCUGAACAGCUACGCAAUCAGAUCAGAGAUGCCAGAAAAGCUUGCAGUGAUUCCACUCUGUCACAGAUCACAGCUGGCCUGGACUCAGUUGGCCGGAUACAGAUGAGGACGCGACGUACUCUCAGGGGACACCUGGCCAAAAUCUAUGCAAUGCACUGGGGGAGCGACUCCAGGUUACUUGUUAGUGCCUCUCAAGAUGGAAAGUUAAUUAUUUGGGACAGCUACACAACAAAUAAGAUGCAUGCCAUCCCUCUGCGUUCUUCCUGGGUGAUGACGUGUGCCUAUGCCCCCUCUGGGAACUAUGUGGCCUGUGGAGGUCUAGACAAUAUCUGCUCCAUUUACAGCCUGAAGACUCGCGAAGGCAAUGUCCGUGUCACCAGAGAGUUACCUGGACAUACAGGUUAUUUAUCCUGCUGUCGCUUUUUGGAUGAUAACCAAAUACUGACUAGCUCUGGGGACACAACUUGUGCAUUGUGGGAUAUUGAAACUGGCCAACAGGCCACCACAUUUACAGGCCACACAGGUGAUGUGAUGAGUCUAUCACUGAGCCCAGACUAUAAAACAUUUGUGUCAGGAGCCUGUGAUGCAACGUCAAAGCUGUGGGACAUUCGCGAUGGCAUGUGCAGGCAGUCAUUCACUGGUCACGUGUCGGAUAUAAACGCUGUCAGCUUUUUCCCCAAUGGAAAUGCCUUUGGAACAGGCUCAGAUGACGCCACCUGCAGGUUGUUUGACCUUCGUGCUGACCAGGAGCUGAUGAUGUACAGUCAUGACAACAUAAUCUGUGGUAUCACUUCUGUGGCAUUCUCCAAAAGUGGUCGCUUGUUAUUGGCUGGCUACGAUGAUUUUAACUGUAACGUCUGGGACACCUUGAAAGGAGAGCGUGCAGGUGUGUUAGCUGGUCAUGACAACAGAGUGAGCUGCUUAGGCGUAACAGAGGACGGCAUGGCAGUAGCCACUGGUUCCUGGGACAGUUUCCUCCGGAUCUGGAACUAAAAGAUCCUGAGGUACUCAAUCACUGCCCAAGAAGUUCCCCCACUGCAGCCCCACCCGUGCCUGCCCCUCCCACUACUGGCCUGGGCUCUUGGGCCAUACACCAAGUCAGCUUUCAUGCUCUGACCUACCCCAGAGAUCCAGCUGCUGCUGACAACCUGUGAGGAAGUACAAACUCACUCUACCUUUAUAAAUAGUGUUCUUUUUCACCUGUCAAUUAAGAAUCAAGAGAUUUAAACUUUUUGGUAACCAAUCAAAGGUUAAACUAAAACGUGCCCUUUUACCAUUAUUUCCUUGGGGUAAAACAAGCCUUUGUUACUGAGACUAACAACAAAUAUGUUGACUGUCAGUGUGUAAUAUGUAAAUGUAUAUAAGACAGUAUAUAUGUAUAGCAUUAUGUGUGUAUAUAUGCAUCAUAUAUGCAUAUAUAAUGUGUAUGUAUAUAUUUUUGUAGUUUAUUUCCCACCCAUUUUUUAUGAUUUGGGGGCUUUAGUUUAAAUGUACAUAUCCAUAAUAAUAUACAACAUUAUUUCAGAAAUGAGCAGAUUCUUAAAAACUUAAUUUAUCUGUGUGAGUACCAGAACAACCUUUAACACUGCAAUGUACAAUUUCACUUUUAGUUUCUGGUCUUGUUGAUAAUCAGCCCUGUUCUUUGAUGUUUUUUUGUUAUAGGUAAAAUACAUUUUGUAUCCAAUUUCUUCUUCUUAUAAUGAAUGUUGUUUUUUUUUUCCCUCUUUUUGCAUAUUACUUGCAGAAUAAUUCUGUUAAAUUCAUAUUUUAACAUUUUAAGGAAAAACUGAAGGGUCAGAUCUGUAUCAAGCUUUACAGAAUAAUGAUUGCUCCUUUGGAUUGUAUCAUUAUAACUUUAGAAAUGUAAAAGAUGUGGUGUGAUUUGUCAACUUAAACAGUAUAGGUCAGAUACUCCAUUUCUAUGGCCAUGGGCAGACUGGGCCCGAAUUGAGAAAAUAAAAAAUCGGUCCUCAUCACAUGAGUCUACAAAAGUGAGCAGUGUCUCUUAAGCUGUGAAAGGACAGAGACUGCAAAGAAGGUAAUGGCAUAUGUCAUGCUUCCACUAUUUUAGAUUCACUGUAUGUUAAGGUCUCUUAAAAAUGUACGAGCUUAGAGUAAAACUGGUAAACUCAUUAGCUACAUAAAUUCCUCUAAUUACACUGAAGCGUUGAGAAAGCAGAUAUUUUACUUAAGUUGACAGACUUGUAUACACAGUCGAGGGUUAGAAAUGCACUCUUAUCUAGAAAUCAUCAAGCAUCUGUUACUUUAAAGUAGAUUUUCAGUAUUAAAAAAAUCUAUAUUUUGGCUUUUGGGUUAUUCCCAUUUUCAAAACGUAACACUUUAAUAAUACCUAUAAUGUGUGUGAGUUGGACCUAAACAUCCUGUCUCAGGUGCCUCCUCUGGUCUUGCUUGUGUAUGUGUGGAGUGUUUGUACUCCUGAGAUGUGGCACUGCCAGUGCGUCCCUCUUCUGCCUUACAGAUCCAUACUAAAUAUACACAAGAAGACAGAUAUGUGCUAUGUUAUUUAGAGGAACAUUCUGAUACUAAUGAACACUAAACAUACUAGUAGUAGUAGCUCUGAGCAUCGUGAAAUACCCAUGAGUGAAUGUUGUAGACUUAAGCCUGGAACUUCCUUUGAAAUGUAAUACUUGAAAUGUAUUGCAUGACAAGUGUUGAAGUGUGCAUCAUCUAUAUGUGAUUUUUAAUGUUACGUUUUCAUUUGUGCCAAAACCGUCCACAGACCAGAGCUGUGAACUUGAAAGUGCCAGAUGUAUUUUUAAAUUUGUUUUUCACAGUAUCCAAUAUUUGGCUGCACAGGUGGGCUAACGGGAUCAGUUUUACAUUGGUAUUUUAAGACUAUAUUGUCUUGUCCGUCUUAGGUCUGAAAUAUAAUAAUCUAAAGGUCAAUAAGAUACAUGGACUAAUCUCUAAGAAUGUAUCAUGUUAAUUUAAUAUUGGGCAUUUAAAAAGACCAUAGUUAUUAUAAGUAUUGAGCCUUGUUUAGCAGUAAUACAGAAUAUAGCAUAAGCCCCUCUGCAAUGCUCAUUCCAAGAGUUAAAGAUUAAUGAUAAAUAGCUUUACAACAUGAAAAACACAUCAUAGACACCACAGCCUUUAAUAGCACUGCUGAUCAACUUACAGUGGCUAAUCUAACAACUAUUCUGAAUUAAAACAGUAUUAGCAAACCUAAAAUCGACUAUGUGCCUGUUUCACUCAUUUUAAACACAAUGGAAAGGUGCUUAAUUUAAUCAAUUUAAAGUCAUUUCAGCAGUUGAUUCUAAAGAAUGCAUUUAAGACAUCUGCCGUCUUAUCUGAUUUUUUUCAUAAGGACUAAGUAUAAAAUCUGUUAAUGUUCUACCAUCGCAGCUUCAUCACAAAUUGAGCACUGCCCUUUUAUUCGACAUUGUAUUUAUUGUUUUAUGUAUUAAGCCAGUAAAGACCAGGGACCUGAUGGCCAUGAUAAUCUUACAGUGCUGUUGUGUGAUAAGUGUAAUCACUUGUUAUGGAAUAAUUUUUAUAGUCUUUUUCACACCAGACCCUUUUUGUAUUUGUACAGUGGCUUGGUGAUACUGAUAUGUUGCCAUGAGUAAUUGUAACCAAUAAAAAAAGCUUUUAACCAUAAA